AUGGCCGGCAUCGAGACGAUGAGAAGGGGAGGCAGCGCGGGCGAUGCAGCCGUGGCAAUGGCCGCUGUCCUUCAAGUGGUGUCGCCCAUUGCCUCUGGCGUCGGCGGAGACUGCUUCGGAAUCUUCUACGACGCUUCCACCGGCACGAUACGCUGCCUUGACGGAAGCGGAAGGAGCCCCGCUGCUUUGACUGAAGAGCACCUGAUGGCUGCGGAAACCGAUGGAUUCAUCAAAGCUGAUUCCCGGGGUCUCCUAGCCACGGUACCGGGAGCGGUAAAGGCCUGGUUUGAGACCGUGGAGCACUUCGGAAGUGCAAAGCUCUCCAUGCCAGAGAUCCUGGAGCCUGCCGUUCGCUUCGCAAAAGAAGGUUUUCCCCUCAGCCUUCCGGGGGCCUUGUUAUGGGAGAGAGCCAAGCCUAAACUGCUGAGGAUGCACGGUGGAAGAGCCUAUCUUAUCGACGGGGAGACCGUUCCGUCUCCUGGAGACAUUUUGAACAACGUCCCAAUGGAAGGCCUGCUGAAGAGGAUAGCGGACGAAGGUCCCAGCGCCCUCUAUACGGGUCCCGUGGCCCAAAACAUCGUGGAGGCGGUGGCGGAGGUCGGAGGACUCAUGACCUUGGAUGACCUGCGAAAACACCUCGAGUCCUCCGAGCCGACGGUCUUGCCAGCCAUUUCAACAACCUAUAGAGCCACGACAGUGCACAUGACGCCCUUGCCGACCCAGGGGGCCAUUUUGUUGGACGCCCUCAACAUCCUCGGGCUAUUCGAUCUUGAACCUACCAAGUUGAAUCCAGCAAAAUACUAUCACCUUGUGAUUGAAGCGAUGAGGUUGGCCUCAGAAGACGGCUUGCUUCACGUUGCCGAUCCACAGUUCUCGAAUAUAGACCAACUGAUACGGAAGGACCAUGGCGAGAAGAGGAAAAAACUCCUUGAUGUCGAGAGGUAA